AUGGAAAAGGCAGUAGCUGUUUCAGGUGUCGAGACAACCGCCCAGUCGGUGGUUGGUUCCGCCGUAGAGGCUGCGACGCCAUCCUCCGACGGUGGAGGUGCCGGGAUUGCUGGCGACGCCGAUACAGCCACAGCAGCUGAAUCUACAACAGAAGAAGAAACACCAGUGUGCACCCCAGCGGCAAAGAAGUCAAAGAAAGCCAAUACGGUCAAAAUUGGAGGUGCCGAGAUUCCUGUCUUACCACUUGCUGGAGUUGGCGUUGUGGCUGUCGGAGGCGGUGGUUAUGCAUUUAAAAUUAUGCAAGACAGAGCCGCUCUUGCUGAAGAAGAGCGAGAAAAACAAUUCCGCCUAUUAAUGGGAAUGGAUGAAGAUGAGGACACACAAAAUAGCCCUGGAUCCGCACCAGCUCUAGAAGUGGUAGACGAUGGGCUUGGCGGCUUGGAUUCCACGGACAAAACUGAGGCGCCACCCGAACCAACGCCAAUGCCGGCGCCAAAGAAGAAACGACGAGGAUUCUUUGGAAAGAAGAACAAGAACAGCCGGGAGACUGACUUGGCAGUGUUGGUCUCAGAAGGGGCAACAGCACCACAAUUCGCUGGUUUGCUGGCGAAAAUUCUGACAUAUGGAGCACCCGGCCGCUUCCCAAGCGUCGAUCGUCUCCCGGGUGACAUGCCUUUUCAAGAGUUUGAAUUGGAAGCUGCCAAACAAAGGCUGACAGAUUCCCGUGAAGAGGCGGGGAUAGCCCUGGAAGAAUCGGCUGAAGUGUUUGCCAACGUUGUCAACUGCAUGUUGAUUGACAUUGUAGACUUGGCAUCGUCCACCUUGAAAGCUAAGGACGAUAAGGUUACUGUCGACGGUAUUGGUGUUGUGAUUGACUUUAUGAAUCUCUCUUCUU